UUUGUAAAACUCUAGGUUUUUAUUAUUACAAAGUAGAUUUAGGUCUACAAAUCUUAAGUCUUCCGCGGAAGCCAUGGCAUCUACUAAAAAUACAUCAAUUUUCACCUUCUAGUUUUACGAGGAUUUGAAAUAUUAAAAUGAAAUUCAUUCAUAAUGAAUUAUUUGUGAAAACAGUUUACUUUGCUUUUAAAGUCUCGCAUUCUUAACUGAAAAGUCUGAAUUAAAUGCCAAUUCUACUUCCAUAUGUCGGCAGGGUGCAGGGUGGAAGGUCUUGGACACUAUUUUACGUGAAAAUGCCUUUUUUCGCGAAUUCGAUUAGGUCAAAAUACUAUCAGAGGGUUCAUGGAAAAGUGACAAUUAGCAAGGUUAUGACUUUGAUUACAGCAGCCACAGUUGUUAUGUUUAAUGAAGGUACCACAUACUCUUUAUCAAAGAACUGGAAGCUAAAUUUUACAACCGUAAUUUACUUGUCUAUCAUAAAUUUGUAAAUUUUUUGGAAGUCUGUGAGCAAAAGUGUUUUCAUAACUUUAUAUUUAGCUGCCCAAAUGCUGACUCUCCCGUGUUGUGCUUCGCUCAUUCUAAACUUUCGACGGAUGAUCGAUGGUCAGUUCGAAAUAAAGGAGUAUACUAUGGCCGCCAUGGGCCUAGUUCCAGACAUCAUAUGCCUUAGCCUCUUUAUAGUCUUCAUGUGUGGGGAACAUGGAGAUGACACCAAUGGUAGUAGUAGUAGCGGAAGCAGCGGUGGCAGCAGCUAAAACCAUUUUCCAUUCUAAAAUUUUUUGUUACGUAUCAGGUUCAUUUACGCGAGCUUUAACACACAUUAAAUGUUAAACAUUUAUUUAUGAUUAGAAGUAACGAACGAAUAAAAAAUGUGAACGUAUUCAAAGAAA